AGUCGAUUGGGCGCCAUCUUUGUUGGUACCAAAUUUGAGUUAUAGUAUGAGUCGUUCAGCGUGUUAGUCAGGACCGUUAUGCAACAAAAAAACAAGCUUUAUAGUUGUUUAUUGAACUUCAAAGCUUAAAUUUAGCUGCAUUUGGUAUCAAGAUGUUCAAACGUUUGUUCAAGAAAGAGGCAGGGGCUGCAAAACCUGAGGAGUCGUCUCAUUCGAUGCCCGAUGAAGCAUCGGGAUUCAUUUGUCCAUUGUGUAUGGUGGCAUUUGAGUCUCCUGAUGCUCUUCAGAUUCACUUUGUUAUGGCUCACAGUGAAGGUGGAGGUCCAACAGAAGAAUCACCUGAAACCAAGGGUUUUGUUUGUCCCAUGUGCAGUAAGACCUUUAAUACAUCUGCUGAGCUGGAAUCUCAUUUUGAUACUGACCAUAAUCCAGAUGAAGGUGUUAUUGCUCCAUCAAAAGCAUCAGAAGUGCAAGCAGAAGCGAUGGAUAUACCUCCACAGCCGCACAGCACUACGAAGAUAUGGAAUGAAGAUCAAGGCUCACUAAUCUCCUUUGAUAAUGAAAUGCCCAUGAGAAAAGAAUCAGAGGUGUCUCUUUUGUCCCAUCAAAUCAAAGACCUUGAAGAAAAGACACAAGAUAUUCUAAAUUUACAACAGGAUUUAAAUGAUGUUAAUGCAUCUCUCAAGGAAGAAAAGUGGUAUUCUGCAGCAUUGAAAGAAGAGGUCGAAAAAAUCAYGAAAGAGAACAAUGAACUGCAGCAGAAAUGUCAACAGCAUGAAAAGGAAAAAGAAGAAAUGGAAGAAACCUUUUCGAAGAAAUUAAUGGAAGAGAAAGAGAAUAAUGUGAAAUCAAUGGCAGAGUUUGCACAACUGAAAGUGGAGUUAGCUAAAGCUGUAGAAGAACGCACAGGCACUGCAAGUGAACAGAAGAGCACAGCUUUGAGAGAAUCUCAACUGGCAAUGGAAAAUGCUGGUCUAAAGGCAAAACUAGAGGAAGAGAAGGCAUGGCGCACUUCAUAUGAAGAGGAGAUCAGUAGACUCAAAGAACAGUUGGAGGACAGGACCAAGUUGAAUGAAAAUCUUGAAAACCAGCUAUCCCAAAGACCCUCGGGUACUGAAGUAGUUGAUCUUCAAAACGAGAUCUCUUCCCUACAACAACAUAUAUCAGCUCUGAGAUCAGAGAAAGAUGAAGAACAAAAACAAUGGCAGGACAAGUAUAACACCUCCUUACAACAGAUCAACAAUUUGCAGAUUAAAGUCAAGGAGCUGGAAGUUGAAAAGACUUCGAAAAUGGAACAAAUAGAAAGUCUCCAGACUGCCAUCUCUGCAUCAACAGACAGCAGAAAACAAACGCAGAGCCAAGCACAAGAACAGCAACAACAAAUCAUUUCUUUGCAGCAUGACUUGAACAAGGCACAAGUUUUGCUGAAAGAGAAGGACACGUUUAUUGAAUACCUGCAAAAACAACAAGAGGAAAUGAAGAAUAAACUGCAAGCAGAGGUAACAGAAAAGGACGAAGCAAAACAACAAAUAAGAAACCUUCAAAACCAACUAGAAGAAACCCAAAGACAGCUGAAAAACAGAGACGCCAGGCUUAAAGAAUUGGAAGCAAAUUUAACUCAAAAGAAAGAAGACGCGGAGAGACUACAGACAGAGAGAACUGACCUUAUUGCCAAGAUCGAAGCUGGAGAAGGUACAGAAACUGCCAUCAAGCAAAUCAAACAGGAAAAGGAACAAUUGGAAAGCCGAUUGAGUGAUGCUGAAGAGACCUUACAAACACAGACCAAAGAGCAUUCCUUGAAAAUUGAAGACAUGCAUCGCCAGCAAAACCAGGUUGAAGACGAGCUAGCAAAAUCAAAGGAACAGAUAUCAAGGCUAAAAGGACUGUGUGAAGAAUCCAAGCAAGAGCUGGAAAAAGAGAGACAAAAAAGUGAACAACUUGCAAACGACCUACGAGAAAAGAGCGAGGCAUUGGUGGCUAUAGAAGCUGCAAAGGCGGCAGAGAAGUCAGUUUUGGACAACCAGUUAAGAACAUCCCAAGAAUCGCUCCAAGAGAAGCUAUCAGAGCUGACCGCCCUUCAGCAUCAACACGCUCGAGUCAAAGAAGAACUGUCUGCAACGCUAACCGUGCAGGCCAAACUGGAGUCCGAAGUUCAGUCUUCUGUCAUAGAACUUGAAAACAGAUCUAAAAAAUGUUCACAGUUAGAAAAUGAGAUGCAACAGAAGGCAUUAAAUAUUACACAUCUAGAAUCAUCAAAAGCAGAUGAUCGAAAGAACUUUGAGAAACAGAUCAGCGAUUUAAAGAAAUCCCUCAACGACAAAGAGAAAAUGUUAUCCUCAGUCCAGACUGAAUUGCACAAG